AGACAUAACAGCAGGAGUGAUCUAACCUUCUACACCCCAAUAUACCGUGUCCAUACCCGAGCAAAGCACUGACAUUUCUGUUGUAAAUAAACAAGUGGAUCUCUGUGAUCGGGACCACGAGACAGCUAUGGAAGAACUUACAGCGUUCGUGUCCAAAUCGUUCGACCAGAAAACCAAGGAGAGCAGUAAGAAGGAGAGUAUCACGUACAGGGAAGUUUUGGAGAGUGGUUUAGCGCGAGCCAGGGAGCUGGGGAACUCAGAGACAAACCUUCAGGACAUAAGUGAAACCAGCAACCACUGCCCAGUACACCUUUUCAAAGAACACGUGGAGUUAGAAAAGGAAAAAAUGAAAGAGUUUAACGUAUCAAGGGCUUCUGAAGGAAUCUAUGAGUGCAAAGAAAAAAAAGAGGAAGUGAAAUCAGAAGACGAGGAUGGACAGAGCAAGCUGAAACAGAGACGGAGUAGGACCAAUUUUACUUUGGAACAGCUGAAUGAACUGGAGAGACUCUUUGAUGAGACGCACUAUCCAGACGCUUUCAUGCGAGAGGAGUUGAGUCAGAGACUGGGGCUGUCCGAAGCUCGUGUUCAGGUUUGGUUUCAAAACAGAAGAGCUAAAUGUCGAAAACAAGAAAAUCAAAUGCAUAAAGGUGUUAUUCUGGGGCCAGCAAAUCAUUUAGAUGCCUGCAGAGUUGCUCCUUAUGUGAAUAUGGGUGCAUUAAGGAUGCCUUUUCAACAGGUUCAAGCUCAGCUGCAGUUGGAAGGAGUUGCACAUGCCCAUCACCACCUCCACCCUCACCUCGCUGCUCACGCCCCUUACCUGAUGUUCCCUCCCCCGCCCUUUGGACUACCAAUCACCUCGCUCACUGAGUCAGCCUCUGCUGCAGCAGCUGUAGCUGCUGCCGCCAAGAGCAACAGCAAGAACUCCAGCAUUGCUGACCUCAGGCUCAAAGCAAGAAAACAUGCUGAGGCGCUGGGACUCUGACCUCCAGUCUUCUUUGUCGUCCUGAACUUUAAUAAUUGCUCCUCACGCGACUUUUUAACAAGACUUUAGCUGUGAAAAGGCCAGGACACAAAAAUACUCAACAUUGUCACAGAACCAGCUGCCAAAACACAACCAAUUCUUGAAAUGAUAAUUAAAAACCAAUGAAUUCCUGCUUCCUUCUUUACUUUGCAAAACAGACAAGAUCUUGGUGAAGGGAUACAAAGAUACAGCCUGUUGGAACUUCAGUAUUGUGGUCAAUUUACUUUUAAAGCCAGUGGAGCUUACAAAACAUCUGGGAUAUUGUCCUCAAACAGAAUAGGAAGGGUGCUUUUUGGUAAAAAAAAAAAAGUCAUUAACAUUUAUUAUCAGCAACCUGUUUGACUAAUUGAAGCUGAUGCCUUUGAUAUUCAGCCUUGCAAAAAUGACCCUCUCUUGCCCAGUGCAUGUUUAACUGAAACCGUUAACUCUUUGGGGCUGGCCUCCAUUGUACUAGAGAUGUUGCCAAUGUUAUUAUUUCACUGCCACAAUAACCGUCCACUGUUUGAAUCUACUACAAAGAGGCUGUUGAUUUAGUGGGGAGCAGUUAUAGCAAUCAAAUAUUAUCUCCAUUUAGCUUGAUUUUUUUUACAGCAUUGUUCAAUUUCAGCAUUUCUGCAGAUUCUACAGUGGCAAGAUCAAUAUAGUUGUUUCUCUUUGUUAAUUAACAAUGUUAUGACUUGGGAAUAAAGUGCCACUGCACUUCAUAUCAUGUUUCUAAUUGUUUACAAUCAGUGUUACAAGCAAAUGCUACUUACAAAAAAAAAAAAAAAAAGAAUAGAAAAACAGAAUGAGUUUAACUUGUAAACCCAUUCCUGUGUAAUAAAGGCAGUGGUGAUAUAUUUAAAAAGGACAAACAAGGGUAACUGCAACUAUAUAUAUAAAGCAUUUGUUUUUACUGAAAUGCAAUUAUGGGCAGUAACGUGCAAUACUGUAAAUAUUAUUAAAGUUUAGUAAGAUUAGUAGUAAAUUGUUAAACAAAAACAGCGAUUUUCAGUUUUUAGGCACUGAGAUCGGUAUGUUGCAUUUCCUUGCCAAACGAACAGCCAUUUUCUGACAGAUGUUAUGAUUUCAUAAGCAAUCAUCUGCCAUAACUCUUGAAGUUUGGUGGUAUUUAAACCAUAGUUUUGUACAAAUAAACAAUGAUAACUUGUUGGGGUAGACAGUGCCACUUUUUUAAUGUUAACAACAAAAGAAGGACUAGGAUCAAAAUAUACAUACAAUAUUAUUUGACAUCUGGUUGACAGAUGCAUUUGAAACCAUUUUGCCAUUCCUCAAAAUAAUAAAACCAAUUUAAUUUGUCUUUCUUUCUUUCUUUCUUUCUUUCUUUCUUUCUUUCUUUCUUUGUAUACAAAUCUGUUUUAAUAUUUGAAAACCUUAUUUAAGAAAUGCAAUGUGUAUUUUUUCAAGGGUAUAUGGUUUCAUUGUGCAUGACAAGCCAGAACUCCUUGGAAAUCCAAACAGAUUCCAAUGUGAAGACUGUAACAGUAAUGAUCCUAGUCUACCUCUAACAAUAUGUUAUUGUGAAACACAUUUCACAAGCCAUCUUAGCAACUGUUUUGCAUUGUCUUCAUUUUUUAUGAUAAAAUCCAUAGGUGCUUUUAUUUAUUCUUUUGUUUGAAAGUUUAUAAAUGAGGAAUAUUUUAAUUAUGAGUGUAAAUUUACGUUUCUUUGCAUUUAUUUUUUUAUAUAUAUAUUUUAAAUGUGAUUGCAGUUCAUUGUUUGCAUAAUAUGUAGUGUGUCUGAGUUUACAAACAUUUCAGGGAUGCUCCAAAAAUGUACAAUACUGCUCAAAUAUGUCUAUCUUUACUUUAGGCUCCACAACACUUGUUGUACCAAACAUUUUAUUUAGUUUUGUGAUUUUUAUGCAAGCAUGCUUAUACAUGGAUUCAUCUAACAGUUUAGUUUAAACGGUGUAUUUUGUUGAAUCACACAAUAUGAGUGUACAUCUUGUACAAGUAAACUAUUAAUAAAGUUAUAAGUAUUUGUACUGGAGUGCAAUUACAUAUUUUCUGUUAAUCUCAUUUCUAUGCUCCAGGUAGAUAAAGACUCU